CAUGUAGCGGGGCGCGGAGCCCGGCUCUCGCAACCCAAGAUGGCGGAUGAGAGUGAGACAGCAGUGAAGCUGCCGGCACCUUCGCUGCCACUGAUGAUGGAAGGGAACGGAAACGGCCAUGAGCACUGCAGCGAUUGCGAGAACGAGGAGGACAACAGCUACAACCGAGGUGGCCUGAGUCCAGCCAAUGACACCGGAGCCAAAAAGAAGAAAAAGAAACAAAAGAAGAAGAAAGACAAAAGCAAUGACACAGAGUCAACCCAGGAUCAGCCUGUGAAGAUGAACUCUUUGCCAGCAGAGAGAAUCCAGGAAAUACAGAAGGCCAUUGAGCUGUUCUCAGUGGGCCAGGGCCCUGCCAAGACCAUGGAGGAGGCCAGCAAGCGAAGCUACCAGUUCUGGGACACGCAGCCAGUCCCCAAACUGGGUGAGGUGGUCAACACCCAUGGUCCAGUGGAGCCUGACAAGGACAACAUUCGCCAAGAGCCCUACACCCUACCUCAGGGCUUCACUUGGGAUGCCUUGGACCUGGGAGACCGUGGUGUGCUGAAGGAGCUGUACACUCUGCUGAAUGAGAACUAUGUGGAAGAUGAUGAUAACAUGUUCCGAUUUGAUUACUCCCCUGAGUUCCUCUUGUGGGCUCUCCGGCCACCUGGCUGGUUACCACAGUGGCACUGCGGCGUUCGAGUGGUCUCAAGUCGGAAGCUGGUUGGGUUCAUUAGUGCCAUCCCAGCAAACAUCCACAUCUAUGACACAGAGAAGAAGAUGGUGGAGAUCAACUUCCUGUGCGUCCACAAGAAGCUGCGCUCCAAGAGGGUGGCUCCAGUUUUGAUCCGAGAGAUAACCCGGCGGGUCCACCUGGAGGGCAUUUUCCAAGCUGUUUACACUGCCGGAGUGGUAUUGCCAAAGCCUGUUGGCACCUGCAGGUACUGGCAUCGGUCCCUAAACCCUCGGAAGCUGAUUGAAGUGAAGUUCUCCCACCUGAGCAGGAAUAUGACCAUGCAACGUACCAUGAAGCUCUACCGACUGCCAGAGACUCCCAAGACAGCUGGGCUACGACCAAUGGAAAAGAAGGACAUUCCAGUAGUGCACCAGCUGCUCAGCAGGUACUUGAAGCAGUUUCACCUCACUCCCGUCAUGAGCCAGGAGGAGGUGGAGCACUGGUUCUACCCCCAGGAGAACAUCAUUGACACUUUUGUGGUAGAGAAUGCCAACGGUGAGGUGACUGACUUUCUGAGCUUUUAUACACUUCCUUCCACCAUCAUGAACCAUCCCACCCACAAGAGUCUAAAAGCUGCUUACUCAUUCUACAACGUUCACACCCAGACACCGCUUCUAGACCUUAUGAGCGACGCCCUUGUUCUAGCCAAAAUGAAAGGGUUCGACGUGUUCAACGCGCUGGAUCUCAUGGAGAACAAAACAUUCCUGGAGAAGCUUAAGUUCGGCAUAGGGGACGGCAACCUGCAGUAUUACCUGUACAAUUGGAAGUGCCCUAGCAUGGGGGCUGAGAAGGUUGGGUUGGUGUUACAGUAACCAGUUGCCAGUGAGAUUCUGGAUAAAGCCACUGAAAAUCCAAACCAGGAAAUGGAAUCCCACCACUUGUUGGUCCAACUUUCAUAAAUGUGAGAUCUCUGGCAAACAGAACAGAACUGAACCGGCUUUACCAAACCGCCAGCGAACUUGACAAUUAUAUUGCCAUGGCAUAGGCUGCGUGAUGUCACCUUUGGCCAUGUUUCUGGUCUCCCUGUUUUCAAUGAAUUAACCUGCUCGUGCAGCCAUGAUCAAGGGGUGUAACCCUGAAACCUAGCUCGUGAUUGGCGUAUUAUGGAGUUAACGGGUGAAUAAUAAAAGUAUAUAUAUUAUAUAUAUAAAUAUUUUAAAUAUCUUUCAUGUUCCAAAUGUACAAGGAUGUUUGGUCUCUAAUGAGAAAGAAGCUGAAUCCAGUCAUUCUCCGACAUUAGAACCCAAGGACAGAGCAGGCAGACGUGUACUGGCACAGCUGCUGUUCUUCAGAAGCAGGAAGCUGUGCUCAGUGGGAGCAGGAGAAAGAGAUCUUGGGAGCCUCACCCAGUUCCCAUUUGGAAUUGGCUGCCCAACUGGCUUUGAGCCAGGAGGGAAGGUGGAGGGACUGCCAGCUCAGGAGAGGGCUCGGAUCUCUAGGAUGGCAGGACCAGCUCCUAGGGUCGGGCUGGCCCUGGGCUGAGGCCAGACUACUGCAUUCUGACACUAGGAAGUGGUGACAAUCGUGGAAAUAGAUUUCAUUAAUCAAGCCCCUCGCCCAUCUCCUGCGCCUUCUCCCGUAGGAGAUUAGCCUACCAAGUAAUUUGAAAAGGCUUUUGAGCCGGCUGUGGCCAACCCUACAGGCACUUGUUCCCUGAGAGACGUUACCUUCGCUGCCCAGGAUGGUUGGCAGUUUGCAAGGGACCUUGUGGAGACCGUGAGUGCA